GUUCAGUUUUUGACAUUUGUGGGACAAAAUUUUCAUAAAGUUAACAAUUUUUUCAAAAAUGUGUACAUUCAACAGCAUAAAAUGAGUUUAUAAGUGGUAACAAAGAUGAGUUCGGAAAUAGAGGAGCAGAUUCGUAAGAAAGUACCGUGGGCAAAGCUUCCUACUAGCGUAAAAAAGGUUUUAAGUAAUUCGUCCAAGGAGUAUGCCAAAUACAUAAUAAGUUUUAGCAUUAAAAAUCAACUAAGAUACAGGGGAAACUUGGUACGUCACGUAUUAAAAGAUGAAAAACACUAUUAUGAAAGAGUCGUGGCCUACAGCAAAGAAAGACUUAUGCUGUUCCCAUACCAUUUGGCCGACAUGAUAGUCAAAGGCCUAAGAAUCACCCCGUUCAACUAUUACAUAUCUGUGGUAGAAAGACUAAUGCAGGCGGAGAAAAGCUACGAUACCUUGCCUAAUUUUACCGCUGCAGAUUGUCUACGACUAUUAGGAAUCGGUAGAAACGAAUAUAUUGAUUUAAUGAACCAAUCCAGAUCAAACAGAGGAAGGUUAUUCGGUAGGAAGAAUGUGCAUGUGUUAUUGCCAAAGGUUCCGGUUAAUAUCCAUAUAGAACCAUGGUGGAGAAUCGAAGCAGGCCUAAUUUUAGAGGAAGAUAUGAAGAUGGUGAAUGAAGAAGAACGGACUGUAAUAGAUAAGCUUAUAGAUUUAGGGUCACAGAAUGCUGGAGAUUUGAAUUAUAAUGUUGUUGUGAGCUUGUAUAAAAAAGGACUAGUGUAUUUAGAUGUGCCUAUCACUGCAGUGGAUAGAGUUCAAGUGCCACCUUUGCAAGGUUUUGUAAUGAACAGAAUUUUGGGAGACUAUUUUGAGACGUUGCUAUACAAAAUAUUUGUUUCUAUCGAUGAACAAACUACAGUAGCAGAGUUGGCUACUGUUCUGGAAGUUGAUACAGAGCUAGUGAAGCAAGCAGUGUCUCUGUAUUGUCGUCUACAUUUUGCUAAGAAGCUAGACCCAGAAAGUGACCAAGAAAAAGCCAGAAGACACCCUUCCUGGUUGAAUGUAUCAACCAAUACCGACAGUCCACAAGCCGAUAUAACCCCCUUAACUCUGACCCUAACCUCAACAGACCACGCCCUCGCGACUCCGUCCACGCCCACGACGGAUAGUCCCACCCACUCGACCAAUCAGAGCAAUUCUACCGGUUUGAGGGUGGCGUUCUUGUUCGACUCGGCCUUGACGGCGUUUUUGAUGAUGGGGAACCUGUCUCCCGGCCUGAAACGUCACGCGGUGACCAUGUUUGAGGUUGGAAAACUGCAACACGAGAGUCUGGACAGUUUUUUGUGUGAAUUGGAGAAGGUAUCGGCCAUGGAUGCCGACGGUGAGGGAGAGGCUAGGAGAUUUUUUGAUCACGCCGUAAUUUUGAGAUCAACUAUUAUGGCCUUGAGGAAGCUAGAUGGUCCCGGGUUAGAUUUAGUGAGGUUAGAAAGUCUGAAUUCGUUGGACGAAGCCGCUUGUCAGAGACUGUUGAAGAGGAAAUACAGGGUGUUGAUUGCUAUGGCUCCAAUUGGUCGCGAAGUUAGGAUAUCUUCGUUCGCUGCGGGAGCUCCGCCACCUCUUCUAGGCCCCAUCCAUCCGGAGGUUAACAGUUUAUGGUUUAGACUCUUUUUGUAUCAUAUGACCGGUUACGGACCUCCCAGUUUGCUUCUGGCCAAAGGAACGGAACUUAGACGACUGCCCAGGAUGUUUUUGGGCUUUUCUAGGCUCUUGGUGACAUCUUGGCUUCACGAGCCGGCCGUGGUUCCAGUAGCGAAUUUCCUCUACGUUAAUGCUGCCUUACAGUUCGCCCCUGUGUUGAUUCAGGGUUUUGGUGUCCACGAACCUGCGGAAACCAAACUGUUACCAUUUCCAUUCAAAUCACAGGAUUCUGUAAAAAACAAUCGUUCCAAUUCCGAUACCGAAUCAGUAUUAAAGCGCCACCCCGCUGUCACUAUUUUGACAGAUCUACUCGACUUGAACCACACCUGCGGCUACUUAACCUUCGCCAACGUGGGAGUACUCGAUUUUGGCAGAGCCGAAGGCGAAUCGGCUGAAAUUAGGUUAAAAGGAGCACCAAAACCACGACCAGGAGCUUCCAAGACCACCCAAAGCGCCAACAGCAUAUCAAACGAGAACUUCCGCUUUGAAAAGGAGGAGGAGAAUAGAUUACAGAGUCCUGUAGAGUCGCACUUCGCUCUCACGCCUGUAGAUGGCGGUAGCCACAGAUCGUCACCGACCAACGGGUUUACCAGUCAAGAUUGUACGACGUUACUUCAAGAAGAACUAGACCAAUUAGCAAUUCAGGAGAAACAGAAGCAGGCCUUGGAACAGCUCCAGAGCCCUCUGGACGAAAACGUAGGCAUUUUCAGCCGGAUACAAGAAGAACUUGACAGUCAGCAAAAGAAGAAGAGCAGGUAGCUGAAGUUAGUGAGGAAUCAGACAGAAACAGCAGUGUUUGGACACUGCUUGAUUGUCAUUUUGGGGUUCCCCUGUUCGAUGCAGACGCCAACACGAAAAUUUGUGAUGCUAUUGUAUCUGGAGGCCUGGCAGGAGAGAAUAGUUUGGAGCAUUUGCUGGCAUCGGGAAAAAAAUUAGGAGAACUCUUGCUAGAAUUCAUAUCUCAAUGUCAAUUCAAUCCCGGAGAGAACAUGAAAAUUGUCAACAGAGGCAAGUUAGUACCUUUACCGAUGAGGAACCUGGUUUUCGAUAAUGGUAAAGUAACAGAAUGGACAGGGAAAUGAAAAUACUGAUCAUAUUCUAUGAGUUUUUUUUUCUGUUAAAAAGAGUAAUAAUAUUCUUGAGACACAGUGUAUAUUAGCGAAAUUUUGUAAGAUUCAAACACUUUUUUUUUUGUUUCAAUAUAUUUCAUAUAGUCUGUCCAAUGAGAGGUUCACUGACAGUGACAGUUGAGUCUGCCAUUUUAUUUCACAAGCAUUUUAUGUCAUUUUUUAAGUGUGAAAUCUUUCCUUAUUUCUUGGACAGACUAUACCAGAUGAUCUCUUGCUAUUUAAUAUAUACUGUGAUCUAGUUGAUAUUUAGAAAAAAACUGGAACGUUAAAAAAUAUACAUACAUAUGUACCUACAGUGUGUGUAAAAAAGUUUGCAACAAACGGGAAAAAUAAAAUAGUUAACAGAAUAAUAAUUUUUGUGUCACAUUUAUUGCGAACUAUUUUACUCACACUGUAUACUUACAGUUUUGGUAUUUA